GAGAGCGAGCAGCACAAGGCGCGCUGGGUGGAGGUGGUCGAGCAGAUCGAGCGCAGCGGUGGCGUGUAUGACCUCACGGCCACCGAGCUCGUGUACGGCGCUAAGCUGGGCUGGCGUAAUGCUGCCCGCUGCAUCGGCCGCAUACAGUGGAGCAAACUUCAGGUGUUUGAUUGCCGCUAUGUGACUUCGGCCAGUGGCAUGUUUGAGUCUAUCUGCACGCACAUCAAAUACGCUACGAAUAAAGGCAACAUCAGGUCGGCCAUAACCAUCUUUCCGCCUCGCACGGAUGGCAAGCACGACUUCCGCAUCUGGAACAACCAACUGAUCAGCUACGCAGGGUACAAGAAUGCGGACGACAGCGUCUUGGGCGACCCUCUCAACGUCGAGUUCACUGAGGUCUGCCUGCAGUUGGGCUGGAAGAAGCAGACGCGGUCUCAGUUCGACGUCCUGCCUCUGGUGCUGUCAGCCAAUGGCCACGAUCCUGAGUGGUUUGAUUUGCCGGCCGACCUCGUCUACGAAAUCAAAUUAACUCAUCCCAACUUCGACUGGUUCCCCGAGCUUGGUUUGCAGUGGUACGCGCUGCCCGCGGUUGCCAAUAUGCUGUUCGACUGCGGUGGCCUGCAGUUCCCCGCGGCGCCUUUCAACGGCUGGUACAUGGCGACAGAAAUCGGCGCUCGCGAUCUCGGCGAUGUCACGCGUUAUAAUCAGCUUGAGGCGAUUUGGUAUCCAUGCUACAUUUACCUCAUCAACAUCGAGCACGAGACCCUCGUCCUCGUCGUCACCUCUACGUUCGGCAACGGCGACCCGCCUGAGAACGGCGAGAAGUUCGCGAAGAGUCUGUACGACAUGAAGCGGAGCAUCGCUUCUGAAGAGCAGGACGACACUCCUCGCUUGAACCGCAGUCUGUCGUUCAUGCGGAUGAACAGCGUCACCGACGCCGGCACCCCGAAGUCCCCAAACGGGGUGCUCACCUCGCAGAAAUCUUGUCCCUCCAUCGACGACCAUCACGUCAAGCCCUUGAGCAACGUCAGGUAUGCGGUGUUUGCAUUGGGGUCGAGCGCAUACCCCAACUUCUGCGCGUUCGGGACCUACGUGGACCAGCUGCUGGGGGACCUGGGUGGGGAGCGGCUCCUCAACCUCACCUGUGGGGAUGAACUGGCGGGGCAAGAACAGCAGUUCAACCUCUGGGCGGGAGAAGUGUUCAAGACGGGAUGCGAGACGUUUUGCUUGGACGACGAAGGCGCCAUUCUAGACGCGACGGCGGCGCUGAAGGCAGACAGGCGCAAGAACCUCGACGUGAAGCUCAUCGAGUGCGACAACGCAACGCCGCGGCAGGUCGGCCUCGCACGAGCCCACGUCAAGAAGGGCGUGCAGACCGUGCAUGUGAUCGAGUCCAAAAACCUGCACCCCGAAGAGUCCAACCGGCACACACAGCAAGUAAUAUUUGACAUCCGCGGCCGUGAAGGCGCCGCCAUCCUGCACUACAGCCCCGGCGACCACCUCGCGGUGCUGCCCUGCAACAGCAGCGGCCUCGUGCAGGGCGUCGUCCAGCUCCUGGCUCCUGGCCACAACCCUGACACUCCUGUACACGUCAUGGUCAUGCGCGAGACGCAUACGCCUAAUG